AUGAAAAUUACCAGAAUCAGCUGGGUGUACAGAAUUCCUCUACACGAGAAACUAAAUGUGUCCACCUUCUACAAGAUAGUCAGCAGAGUACGGAGAACUCGCAGGAUUGUGACUGAUGUUAAUAUCAAAGGUGAAGCUACUGACAGAUGUCUGCCGGACUGUCAGUGUGAUCAGGCGACAAUGAGCCAGUCAUGCAGCGACACUAACUCAGGAGGUGAUCCAUCCAUUGUCAGUCUGGUCGCCGUGAGAGACAAAUCCAUCAUCUACCUCGAUGUAAAUCGUCACGCAAAAACAAAUGGGCUCUCUUCAACCUUUUGCGACGCUCACGAAGACUGUAAAUUGACGUGUAAGAUACCGAAGAAUGAGCAAGGUACAUUAAUACAGUGCCAGGAUCAGAAUGAGAUUGGUGAUAGUCAGGCGGACUUGGUUCAUGAAGAGGGGCUUGGUAAAAUGGAGACGGAUCACAAAGGACUAGAUGAAACUGGACCACGUGUUGCCGAGCUGUUGAAGAACAAGUUACAUUCUCCUGAUCUGAAAGGCGAUGAUUUCUCGGGAUAUGAAUCGCUGGAUGACUGCUUUGUAACCUUUGAUGACGAUUCUUCCGACGAUGAACACAUAAGUAAGAAAAAGAAGAGGAAAGCCAAAGAUUCGGAUGAUGACGAAUACCUCCCCCCUGGCUAUGAAGAUAAUGAUAAGAAUAAAGAUAGGAGGGGUGAAAAUUUAGAUAACCAUGAUGACGUUUGUGAUGAUUCUGGUAAUGGUAGUGUUGAUGUGAAUUUGUUUACGGUUGGUGACGGGGUAAUCGAGCCAGAUGUGGUGAAAAUAUCAGACGGUGAAUAUGGCUGCACAUAUUGCCCACAGGUUCGGUCUAACAUUGAUGAUGCCAAAAUUCAUCUUCUGACCCACUACGAUUUUCAAUGUCAACACUGCAGUAAGAAAUAUUUACGUGCACCGGACUUGAAAGUCCAUAUCAGGAAACACCGAGUCACUGAGAAUUUCGUCUGUUUGUUUCCGGAAUGCAAAUUCUCGGCCAAUUCAAAAUUGGGCAUUUCGAAACACAUGCAUGCAAAACACGCUAAGGAAAAACAUUUUAGUUGUUCGUGGUGCACAUUCUCUUCGAAAACAGUAAAAGCGUUCAUAGCACAUGUGUCGCAGACACAUUAUGCGUCGGUUCUUUCCAAGGAUGCUUUCAGAGCAGCCCUCUGUCCCACCUGUGGUGCGGAGUUCAAACGUAAUUCCGAUCUCAAAGAACACAUGGUGUGUCAUCACGGGGCACAGUUGGACUACUUAAGUGUGUGCGACGUUUGCGGCUUGGUGGUGAGGAGCCGACGCAUGCAGCAGCACAAGAUCGCCAAACACAGGGUGAAGACGAUCCCGUGCAAGUUCGACGGCUGCAGGCUCCUCUUCAAGUCAGAUUACCGGAUGGAGACCCACUACACGAGGGUCCACCUGGGUAUAUUCAAGUACAAGUGUACCUACGAAGACUGCUCCUUCGCCUGUCACGCUCAAGGCAGCCUGAGGAAUCACCUCAACAUGGUGCACCUCAAGAACCGAUGCUUCCCGUGUCCCUGCCCAGGCUGUGGGAAGAGCUUCUUCCACAAGGGCCACCUUGCUGUUCAUUCGCGGAUCCACUCGGAUACGAAACCGCUAAGCUGCGAGCUGUGUGACUACAGGUGCAGACAGCGGGCCGCGUUAAACUGGCACCUCCAGAAGAAACAUCCUGGUGAAUUUGAUGAACAGAAUUCCGAUGUUCCAACGGUUUCUGGCGAUUCCAGUAGACCAGAAGGUCAACAUUCAGCACACCCCCCACUCCCUGCUGGAAUUCCAGCAUUAACGCACGCCAAAAAACAGGGACGCAAAGGAAAUAAGAUAAAAACGUAGCACGUUAAAAACUGUUAACAGUACUGGACUAACAAAAACUAGUCAGGUUAAAAAAUGUUUAAUUGAAUUAACAAGAUUGCAUUGAAAGACAGAAAUUUAAAGCAGCUGUCCUCAAUUUGUAGCUGUUAAAUAAAUUGUGAAUGAAUCUGCACACAUGUAAUAGAACCUGUAGUUGAAACAUUUGAAAUACGUAACGGUAUGUCGAAGAUUCCCUUUAAUCCACUUAUUUCAAAUUGUGUUUGGUGGUCGGAAGGAAAUCAUUUAGUACAAGACAUUAGGUUGACCAGAAAUGCAUUCGAUAAUAUAUUCUAAAUUAAAAAAAUUAUAUACUAGUUGUUAUGUUAAUAAUAAAAAUUAAAAGGCUACAAACUCAGGAUUAAGUCCGUUUAAGUAAGUGAGAAAAUGUGCAUUAUUUGAGGUAUGAAGUUGGGUAUACAGCAAAAUACUGGUACAUUGAUUUAUUAAUCAUCGGCUAUUGGAUGUCAAACAUUUCGUAAUUCUGAUACGAGAGAGGAAAUCCACUACAUUUUCCCUAUUAGUAGCAAGAGAUCUUUUUUGUAUGCACCAUCCCAUAGACAGGAUAACACAUACUAUGGCCUUUAAUUAUGACAUACCAGUUGUGCUGGCUGUACCAAGUAAUAGCCCAAUGGGGAUCGACCCCAGACCGACUGCACUACAUGCAUGUACUUUGCUACUGGGCUGUGUCCUGCCCCCAAGACCGUGUGUAUUCAAAGCCAACAAACUAUGUUGUUCAGUAAUGUGACAAAAACAGCCCAAUAAAUAAAUAUAAAAAGAACGUUGUUUGCUAUUAGAUUGUUGAUGUUUUUGUUAGUGUUCUAUUUUUGUUUUUUGUGUUUUUAUUUCCAACAUGUACUUAAGAUUUUAUUACUAUUCUGAAAGGAUUUAAUUUUUGAGAGGUCUUUCUGUUGUGGGGCCAUUCAUUCACAAUUAUUUUAUCAACAUUUUUGAUGAGUGAAGAAAGGAGUCUAAACAUGCGAAAGGCAUUUUAUGAAAUAUAUACACUUUUUGGUGCAGUCGUUUGGUAAUAAAAAAAAUAUAUAUAUUCUGUACACCUGUGAAAAGGUUGAAGAUUAUGAAUGCCAUGUCAAUACACGUACACAUCCACCCCUCAAGUGUCGCUUUACAAACUUUGGCCAGUUAUUUUAUUAAUGUGAUUAAAAAUAUAUACAUGUAUAUAUUACAGUUACGUAAUAUGAGCUAGGCAAUUAAAUUUUCAUGAUUCAAAUGAUGUAAAUUUUCUGUGAAAGAUGUUUUACUUUAACACCAAUAAACCAGUUAUUUUU